AUGGGUUUAACUGAUCAAGAAGACAUGUUAAAUGAAUUUAAUAAGCUAUAUAAUAGCGACACUGAAGGUGAACUAGACGUUAGCAAUAAAAACAGAGGUGAGGAAAAUGGUGGCUGGAAUAAAUAUAAUAAUGAGUUAGAUAUUAUUGAUGAAGAAUGGCGAGAUGAGGAAGAUAAAGAAAUCUCUGAUGACUCAGAUAGUGAACCUGACUUAUAUGCCCUUACGAUAAAUAAAAAGGCGAAUGAUUUAAAAAAGCAGUUAGAACAAAACCAUAGUAAAUUAAUAAUUAAAGAAUACAAUUAUAAAAGAGCUAUUUUUGAAUACCUUAGUUUAUUAAGUAAAAAUAAUAGACACAGAAAAAUCAAAGCUAGCUUGGAUGUUGCUCACAUAGAAAACACCAAAAAACAAUUAGAAUAA